CUUCAAGUCCAAAAAGAAAUGGCUGCUUCAAGUGCUGUAACCGCAAACUACGUCCUCAAGCCACCUCCGUACUCUCUGGAUGCUUUGGAGCCGCAUAUGAGCCAACAAACUCUGGAAUUUCACUGGGGAAAGCAUCACAGAGCCUACGUGGAGAACCUCAAGAAACAGGUUCUUGGAUCCGAGCUUGAAGGCAAGACCUUAGACCACAUCAUCAAGAACACUUACAACAAUGGCGAUCUCCUCCCUGCUUUCAACAACGCUGCUCAGGCGUGGAACCACGAGUUCUUCUGGGAAUCAAUGAAACCCAAUGGUGGAGGAAAACCAUCAGGAGAGCUUCUUGAUUUGCUUGAAAGAGAUUUUACUUCUUACGAGAAGUUCUAUGAUGAGUUCAAUGCUGCUGCAGCCACUCAAUUUGGAGCUGGCUGGGCCUGGCUUGCUUACGCUGAUGACAAACUGAAAAUAGUGAAAACUCCAAAUGCUGUGAAUCCCCUUGUGCUCGGCUCCUUCCCAUUGCUUACCAUUGAUGUGUGGGAGCAUGCUUACUAUCUCGACUUCCAGAACCGGAGGCCGGAUUACAUAAAGACAUUCAUGAACAAUCUUGUGUCUUGGGAGGCUGUAAGUUCCAGACUUGAGGCUGCCAAGGCUGCUUCUGCUUAA